AUGAACAAUAGGGGGGGUGAUGAUGAAGGUCGACCACGACCCCAGCAAACUUCGGGACCUGAUCGUCAGGUGUCUGAUAAUGAUUUCGAUUCCAAUGGAAGAUCACCAGCUGCUGGAGCCCAUGCCAGCUCGAAUAACCGCGGACAUAAUGAGCAGACCGCAAAUUCCGCCACCAGUGCAUCUGCCGCAAACAUUGCCACUGCCACUGGCGAAACCAACGUGGCGCCUUCUCGCGUGGCUCAACUUUCAGAGAGCAAUAACCACCAACCAUCGCCGUUAUCAAGUGCGGCUGGCAAUGGAGAAUCACUGGCAGCCGGAGGAGACGGCAAUCACGCGGCAUCGGCCUCAACGCCUUCAACGCCACCCAACAGCAACCUGCCAAGUGGAGCAGCCGGAGAAGUAGAUACUGCCACCAUUAUUACCAUUGACUAUGUGUUUUCAGAUGAUAAUAGACCGACCAACCCCAACAGAGCAGGCUCUUUGGUACUUUCCCUUCCUUCCUCCUAUGCCAGCAGGGACUCAAAUUCAAUACAGGAAAUGGUGCGGAUGGCAACUCAAAUGGCAUAUUCGUUGAUCAUGUCCAAUGUCCGCAGUCAAAACCGAGGAAUCAAGCUCGCCAAAUUCAGAGAAUUUGAAAAAGUGAGAUUGAGAGAUUUACCUGUAGAGUCGAGAGUUUGUUCGAUAUGUUUGGAAGGGUUGUCGCCGUUGGAAUCUGAAAAAGUGGUUGCAGAUGUCGCGGCGGUAGAAGAAGACCUUGAUAGUGUCAUCACGAGCAAGAAGAGGCGGCUUGUGGACAAGUGGAGGCAGAUGCGACGAUUCUCAAGGUCAAAGACUGAGUCAAACGACUCCCUUCUUGAAGUGGCAACUGGAAACGACUCGGAGCCUUCUACUCCGUUGUCCACGGACAAUGUCGCCACUACCCCUGUUCCAACUUCUCCCAUUGAAUCUCCCAUACUAGCAUCCGUUCCUGACCUGCCUGCGGAAACUGAAGCAUCACCGGAGAGACCUAACAAUUCCAAUUCAAAUUCCAAUUCAAAUUCAAGUUCCAAUUCAAAUUCAAACUCAAAUUCAGCCACCGAUCCCGUGUAUCUCGUUGACUUUACUGGACAAUUUCCCCAUAUCCCCAUUAAGCUCGGAUGCAACCACAUUUUCGGCCAAGACUGCUUGUUUGAGUGGUUGAAAGAGCAUUCCACCUGUCCACUAUGCCGGUCUCCCGUGGUUGAUACAAAUGAGACCACACCAGCUUUCCACAGCAGAGGUGGGAAUAAUGACGGUGACGGUGCCAUGAGCGGGCAAACGUCGCAUCAGCGUACCAUCAAUGGCCGCACGUAUACCGUUUUUGCUAUUCCUCCUUCUAAUCCGAAUAAUGUGACUAAUACCGAUGCUGGUGGAUCUGGUAGAAACGGCGAUGGCGGCGGAGAGAAUGCGAAUGCUGGCCGCAGAGUGGCAAGGAAUGUCAAUGACUGGUUUAGAGGAGCAAGGGGUGUUCACAACGACCACCGCGAGGAAGAGAACUCAACUGAUGGACAAGGACAAGGCCAAGGGCUCCCGUUUCAACGAUUUGCAAACGAGGUGCAGCAAUUUAUGCGCAGUGGGGCCACACCUGGAACAGCUCGCAGAUUCACUGUUGAUCAAAGUGGGGAGGUCCAGUCAUUGCAUCUGGAUAUGGGCGCGACUCGUUCUCCCAUAUUGCCAGGAGCUUUCAACACGAACUUUGUUUCAUCGAAUCAGCCUUCCAGCACCUCCGGCAGUCAGAAUCAAACACCAUCGGCGUUGCCGCAUAUUGAUUUCAAUACUGUUUCGAGAGCUGUUCAAAGCUUGUAUCAUCUUUUUGGGAGAACUGGGACAGCGCAGGAUAACGGAGACAUGGCGGGAGCUCGUUCCGACACAGCUGGGGCUGGUGCUAGAACGUUCACACAAGUUGCUACUCCUGUUGCCACAUUUGGAGGCAGGCUCAAUCUUCGCAGGAUGCAUAGUAGUAGCAGUAGUGGUAAUAACUCAACUAGUGGCGUUCGUGCUAAUGGAGCAGGCACAGGUGCAGGUGCAGGUACAAAUGCAGAUGCUGGAAGUGCUACGGGUAUGAGGGAUGACCCGCGGCUGGCCACCGCGGGAAUGCAACGAGAUUUACCAUCGCCGGACGAUUUCAAUUCGCGUUUGGACGAAUUUUUUCCUGGGCGCUCAAUAAUUGGCGGCGGUGGUACCCCACUUGGAGCCGAGCCAUUCCCGGUUGCAGGCUCUUUGAGAAGUAGAGAUGAGGCUAUGGAAGCACCUCAAAGUUCGUUUGGACCUGUGGGAUCUCCUGCAGCAAAUCCACCACCACCACCACCACCAGCAACGUUUUUACCGGGAGUCAACAAGCUUGCCAGAACUAUGGAUCCUCAGUCUUUGAGGCGUGAGACCAAUUCAGAUUUCCAUCCUGGUAGAGAAGAUCCAUUCUCGUUGGCUGGCAGGAACAAUAGUCACGCAGAGAUGGUCAGUGCCCCCUGUGAGCACGCUAGCAACCACGAGAGGAACAAUGAACAAGUUGAAGACGAAGUGAGACAUGCAUUUACGGCAGAUGUUGACCCGAGUGCUACUGUGGGCAACAGUGCAGCUGAUCUGCUUGAUGGGAGGUAUUGUAGGAUGUUGCAAGAGAGAAUGCAGGCUAAUCGAGAAGAACGAUGGGCUCGUUGGAAUGCUCACCAUGGUUCUGAUGGAAGAGACGGACCUUCUGCUAGCGGCCAAAGCAGUGGUAGUGGCAAUGGCAGUGGCAAUGGCAGUGGGAAUAGACCUGGAAAUACGAGAAGGUUGAGCAAUAUUUUCAACCAUUUGAUUGGCAAGAGACGAAACUCGGAACGUUGA